AGACUUAACUAUCGUAGCUGGAUACAAAAAGCAGUCAAGUUUGGUAAGCAAAGCUAUCGUUUAACGUGUUUCUUUUGUUUAAUUUUAGUUUGCAAUUCCUGGAGGCUUAAGUAUCGUAGCUGGAUACAAAAAGCAGUCAAGUUUGGUAAGCAAAGCUUUGGUGGAGGGGGGUAUUAUUAUUGAGUCGAUUGGUAUUUCCAUUGCACAAAUGGCCGAAACGCUUUUAUAUUAUAAGAAAAAUGACGGUUACGGUUUUCACGAAACCAUAACUCAUUUUUCUUAUAAUAUAAAAGCGUUUCGGCCAUUUUUCUUCAACAGAUAAACAGGGGAUUUUGUUUCGAAUUUCGUUUAAAAAAAAAUCACGAAAGCUUAUAAAGGUAACUAACAUAUGAUCAGGCGUUCUUGAAGGUUAUAUAUACUAAAACUACCCCCGUCUGAUUAUGGUGUACUAACUAGUUGUUAUUAAAAAUGAUCAUGCCUUACGGUUUACAAAUAUUAAUACGACAAAAUGUUAUUACUAAAAUGUAUAUAAUCACUUGGAUUACAAACUCUAACAUUCUAAUAUUACUACUUACUCUGGCUUUCUUUCAAAACGCUUAGAAGGUUGAUAAAAUUAGACGAACUUUAAAGAGGCUGUCAAGUCCGUUCUGCUCACGCGCGUGUUUUGUUUAGGCUACAUUUUUGUUUCAAACAAUAGAUAAUUUAAUUAAAAUUCCGAUCUGUGGGCCUCCAAGCAAGUUAGCUCAUUACGCAUUCAGAAUAUAUCACGAAGGAGAAAUUGAACUACUAAAGCAAAAAUUUAGCCCCAAAACAACAAAUUUUAAAUCGAAAACGCUAAGAAGCACUUCUUACAGAGGUACGGACAAAAUUUGAUAGAAAUUUGUACACAUUUUGUCCAUACCUUUGUAUAAAGAUGUGUUUCUCAACAUUUUCAAUCUUAAAUUUGUCAUUUUGGAGCUAAAUGUGUACACAGCCUCUUUACACAGCCAUACACAGCCUCUUUAAAAGUGAAACAGUAACCACGUGUAACUUGAUCCUUGUGCGUCUAUCCAGCUGAAGGAACGGCGCUUUUCAAUGUAAUGGAACAAUGACUAUUAGUCCCUUGUUAGAAACGUUUUAUGAUGAUGAUAAUAAUAAUAAUGAUAAUGAUAAUGAUAAUGAUAAUGAUAAUAAUAAUAAUAAUGAUAAUGAUAAUGAUAAUGAUAAUGAUAAUAAUAAUAAUAAUAAUAAUGAUUUAUUAGCGAUUCCAAAUUGAAUUGGCUCUUCUCAACCCUCGAAAUUCGCCUCGACACUCGGCAAUUGCCGACGCAAAUGCCGAGGCAAGUGACGAUUUUUCAUAGUUUGCCUCGGCAAAAAAAUGCCGAGGCUGAAUUCCACCCGUUGUAUCUUAAAUUACAAACUACAGUAUCUGUUCGUUUUGGGUUUCUUGCUUAAAUUUACAAACUACAGUGUUCGUUUUUUGUAUCACUUCUUUUGUUCGAAUUGUUGUCAUCGACGUCGGGUGAACAACAGAAGAUUUCAUUCAUAGCUACUUUACACUAAAAUAUUUAAAUUUGAGCUUUUCAGCUUCGGCUUCGGUUGAAAUAAAGAACGAUCUUGAUGAAAAAAUGCUAGUCAGAAUCGUAUAUUUUCACCGUUGUAAUAUGCGAUUCUGACUAACAUUUUUUAUCAGACUCGUACUUGCUUAUUUUUUCUCCACUUGGCGUGAAAAACAUGUCAUUCAACAGCUAAAAGCCUGAUCUUUUCGAAUAUGAAAAAAAAUGUUCAUACGCCGAAUAAUUCAGGUACAAUAGCGCGCUGAAGUUCGAUUACCUUUUUUUAUACACCCUGUAAAUAAACAUGACAUUAACGGUUUCUUAUUGGAUAGAUUUAAUUGGAUAUAGUAAUGUUUAUGCAAAGGCGGAGCCAAUUUGACAAGAGCGAAAAGUGGGCGUAUUUCGUUUCCUGAUGUGUUGUUGGCAGUCCCUCAUUUCUUCGAGGGACUGCUCGCGGUCUAUGUACGGCUAAAACCGCAUAGGCACCAGACCCCUCCCGGUGGUCAAAACUUCAUCAGCAUAAAGAACUUAACUUAUUAAGCACACAACUUCAACUUGUCUUUUAAAUUAAAGAAUCACAUAGAGAUUAUUAGAAAAGAAUUACAUAAGAGAUUUAUAAAGAAUUAUAUAGGUAAUCAUUGAAAAUUCUCCACGCUCAUUGGUUGCCGUUGAGGUGAUUAUAACGCGUUAAUGGCCUAAGCGAUUUUCAAAAUGGCGGCCGAAGCCGUUUUGUCAAUUAAAGCCCCGUUUACACUACGCUCAAUUUUUGGUACCGUACCACUUUUUGGUUCUUGGACUACCUAAAUAGGUAGUCCUAGAACCAAAAAAGUGGUACGGGUACCAAUUUUAUCCGUGCCGUACCAAAAAUUGAGCGUAGUGUAAACGGGGCUUAAAUGACGAAGAAAUGUGUAUUUUUUAUUUUUUUCCACAUAAUCACCUAUGAAAUUAUACUAAAACAAUUAUUCACGUCAGGCUCGGUGAUUAUCGUGAAUAAAAACCUCGACACAGUAUAGGGAGGGACGGUAGUGUCACUUAGAGGUACAACGUGUCCUCGUAUUUUUAUGCAAAAAUAUGCAGUUUAUACUGCAUGGCUAGGACGAGCCAGUUCAGCGUGUUUAUUGGCCAGAACAUGCAGUUUACUGGCUGAGCAACAUGCAUAAUGCGAUGUGUGCGAGGACAGAAACUUCAAAGAAUCCGACGUAAGUGGCCCUACUGUCCUUCCCUAUACUGUGACCUCGACUUAGUCUCGGUUUUUAUUCACCGAUAAUCACCUCACCCUCGGCGAAUAAUUGUUAAUUAAUCUAAAAUGAGCUUACGAAAACAUGUCGUCAAACAGGUUAAAACCAAUGCAUUUCUUUCUAGAAAUAAUGCAAGUCAUUAAAAAUUUUGCAUAGCAUGUUCAGUUGCCAUGGCUAUAGCUUCGCUACUGGCAGAUGCUAAUCAGAGCAUUGAGUAUUUUUAUAAAGGACAACGAUGUAACAAUGGGGUCAUAAAUAUUUAUAGUUGUGUUAAGAAUAGUUCAGGAAAAAGUGAUCAGUUAAUUAAUGUAUUUUGUGAAUAGCAAAAUUUAAUAAAAACUAUAGCAUAGCCAUAGUGCUGUGCGCCGGAGUUGCCGGAGCCGGAGUUCUGCCGGAGCUCCGGCGGUUUUUCCGACGACAAGAAAACAAUAUGAAAUGAGACAAAUGUCAAACGAUUAUUAGUUACUGCAAACUGCCAAUUGCUGUUAAUGAAUUCAUCAUAGACUCAAACUGCCACAGCCCACAGGAACAGCGUCGAAAAGCUGUAAUACGAUCGCAACUUACAAACGUCAUGCUUUCAUGAAGCCAUCUGACUUAGCGCUACAUAGUCUGUGUAUUCAUGCCUUGUAGAUAACGAAAAAGUACAAAACAAAUAAAUAUCUACCUUUUGAAAAUGGCAGAGUACUUUGUUUGCGUGCGAACAAUUGCGCUGUGGAGUCUGAGAGUGUUAGCGUCAUGCCUCGCGUCAUGCCUCGUGUCAAAGAUUUUUCGAGGCUGGUUUCCAUAUAGAUAUUUUCUGCGUGGUUAAGUCUUAAGUAUUUUCACUGUUUUGUUUCCUGAAUUAUGUUAUCUGAUAAUUAGGAAGCGCGAAAAGGGUUAUUCAUAAUAAUAUUAAUAAAUGUUCUCUGAUCGUAAAAUAUUUAUUUAAUAUUUUAUGAUGUGGCCGGAGCCGGAGCUCAGAGCUGUAAUUCGGCCGGAGCCGGAGAUGAAAAACCGGAGUUUGCACAGCACUACAUAGCCAUAAUUUUUGUAAACCAGCAUAUUUCGAGCAUAAUGUGCCAGUUUAACUGGUACAAUCGAGAAAAGCGUAUUCAGGGCAUCCUGGUAUGGUUCAUUCCGUAUAAAAUGCAUUUCAAACACUCAUAAGCUUAUUGGCAAAUCAUGUCAACGAUAAUAUGUCACGUGAAGAGGCUUUAGGGACCGGUCAUUAGUAGGGAGCUUAAGCAUGUAGGACGGCAACACCACGACGACGACCAAAACAAAUUCCUUCAAAUAAAUGAUAGUAAAGAAAACUUGUCGUAUAUUAUAACUCGUAUGAAUUUAAUACAGUAUAAGAAGUUGAAAACAUUGGCUUUAUGUUUGGGAAGAGUUCUACUGAACCGAAUUUUAAGUUGCACUUGUUACGGCUUGAAAUGCAGGCGUUGUAUAAAAGACGUGAAAAUCUGUGAUUUGCCGUUGUAAACAGAGCGACGACUACGUCUGGAACUCCCCUGGGACUUUAAUUAUUUAUUUCUUUUCAUUGACUCAUUGUAUUGGUUGCGGUUGUCUUCGUGUUGCCGUCCUACAUGCUUAGGUUCCAUAAUGAAGAGGGGGGGGCCGCUUCAACAAUUUUUGCCUGAAUUGAGGGCGGCCUCAUACUGAAAAAUAUGUUACAAGGGGCGACCCCAAAUUUUUAAUGUUGAAAACAUAUUAUAAAACAAAAAAGCUACUAUAAUUAUGUUAUAUUUUAUAUAAUAGAAUAAUAUGAAACAGUUCGACUUAAAUACAUCUUAAAUAGUAUUAGUCUGUUUUAUAGAGAAACUUUAAAACUUAUUAUUAACUAAAAAUUAAUUUUAAUUUUAAAUAUAAAACAAUGCAAAAAAGUUCACCAUUCAAAGGACACCUUUUGGUAUAAUUUUACAACUGAUUUAAUAAACUGAACAGAACCCUUCUAACGAAUUAAAAGUUGGAGGGGAGUUCUUAAAUAAUUUCGACAGGUGCGGCUUUAAAAAAUGUUCAAUAUUUGGUAUUUAUCACACCCCCCCCCCCCCUUAAUAACCGGUCCCUUAUACUUGAUAAAACUCAUCUUCUUUAGUAUUCUUCAUAUAAAAGUCCAUCCUAGUUAUAUUCUUUAUAUAAAGAAUACUAAUGAGACGGCAUCUAUUGUAGUCGUGUUUGAAGUUAUUCAAAACACUUGUAUAGUCGUGUUUUAUCAUAUUUAAAAUGCUCGUGCUGCGCACUCGAUAAAACACUCGUACGCUUGUUUUAAAUAGUACGUAAUGGGAACAUUUAGCAUUAUUUUAUCCAGACAAACAGCCUGAAGUUGAACAUCGCUUUCUAUAUUUUAUUUUAGUUGGCUGUUGCACUUGGUACACAUAUCAUAGGAACUAUUCUCGCGAUUGUUGGAAUGUCUAUUGGAGCCGCGUUCUGGGCUAUACUGGCUUCAACUUGUGCUGAUGCUUCUUAUUCAACAAUCUUCAAUCGCGACUAUUGUACUUGUCUUUACGGCAACGAUCCACAAACAUGUAAGUUUUUUUAUUUUGCACUUGAAGUCACGUGGAAUACUGCAAUUAGUGCAAGCGAUGUUAAAAUUCAAUUCUCUCGCUCCCUUGUAUAGAUGCGGCUAGUUGCUCCGAUCUGAAAACUGUUCGCGAAGCUACUGGUGCUGUCACGAUAAUCUUCGCCCUUUAUGCUAUCGUCACUUUCGUGGGAUCAAUUUAUGGCUGCAUUGGAACUUGCUGUGCACCACGGGUAAAUUAAACAUGCUUGGUAUAGAUAUUUAUUUUUAUAAUUGUAAAUGCCGGCUAAGUAAAUACAUACAGUAACUUUCAAAACGCCGCAAAUCGCACCCAGGGGCCGGUUGUUCAAAACUGAGUUAACGCUAACCGUUGGUUAAAAUUUAACCUGCUGUUUUAGUUUGUGUAUUUCUGCACGUCUGUUUAUUUCAAAAUUUCAGAGAAGUAAACCAGGCAUUAAAAUAACCGUGUUUUUUACACACUUUGUGUAAAAAGAAAAAAAGAAAAAUGUGUGAAAAUGAAAACUUUGUUAUAAAAGGAAAAUGUGUGAAAAGUGUGUACUUGGGACAGUGUAUUUUGUCUUGGGAAUAAAGCCCAGAAAAUCCAUUCCCAGUCAUUUCCCACAGCAAUACUAUUUAAAGUAGCUAAUCAUGUGUUUAUUGCCUGAUGAUAGCCAGAUAUAUCUUUCUGGUUUAUAUUUUCUGGUUUUUCUGUUCAUAACAUGUCAAGAAACGCCUGUAAAAUUACCAACAAUUUCAAUUAUUUUCCUAUAGGCGCAGUUUCAUGAUAAUGGCAAUAUCCGCAGAAAUCAUGCUACAAAAAUCAGGACUCGCCUUUAAGAAUUUUCAUCAGACAAUAGACCUUUCCCCUUAUGAGUGAAAUUUUGAUCUAGAUAUGCCUGGACAAAAAUUUCAUCACAGCUUGAAAGAGCAUCACAAAAUUUAGUAAUAUUCCGAAGUUUCGUUGCGAAAUGUUGUAAAAUGCGGAUAAUAUAGCCUUGCGAAGUUUGCCGUUUUUCAGUCAUUUUGCAUUACAAACGGGAAAUUGAUAAUGAGAUGAUCAAACUGAUUGUCAAUUUCCCAUUUGUAAUACAAAAUGACUGAAAAACGGCAAACUUCGCAAGGCUAUAUUAUCCGCAUUUUAUACAACAUUUCGCAACGAAACUUCGGAAUAUUACUAAUUUUGUGAUGCUCUUUCAAGCUGUGAUGAAAUUUUUGUCCAGACUUGUCUAGAUCAAAAUUUCACUCAAAAGGGGAAAGGUCUAUUGAAAAUUCAGUGAUUCUUGUUAGAUAGCCUCAACCAUUGGACUAAACGUCCCAAAAGUGCCAAAACGCGGCGCUUCUGCAUGUGACCCCCAAAUUAUAAAUAUUUACUGAUACCGCACUGAAAGAUAUAUGCAUUAGCUCAAGAUAUAACUAGUUCUUGUUCAAGUUACGGUAAAAAUUAAAAGUUAUUGGCCCUCAUUUUACCUAUUUGAAACAAAUUUUUGCCUUUAAAAGGCAUUGAACUUUAACGAAUAUUCAAUAAAGCGUUUUCUUUGUUGACGAGUAUUUGUUCUCAAGCUAGUCUGCCACACUUCCAAGUGAUCAUUGCCCUUGGCGUGGACGUAAAGUGUGUCCUUGUAAAAAAUUCUUAUUUUAAUGCCAAGAUUUAAUGCCUUAUUUUAAUGCCAAGAUUCAGACAAGAUUUCUGAAGAAAUAUUUCCAAAUUUAUAAACAAGCUGUCAGCAAGUUUAUUUUGAAUUUUAGGUUAACCUAUAGGAUUAAGCUAACCCAGCUUAGAGUAUAAGGCCCCUGCAUGAAUGUCCAAAAAACACGAAAUUUUCGGUUAGACUAAUCUGAACAUGAAGAUGUCAAUUCUGGAGUUCAAUUUGUGCCAGAAAUGAAGAAGAAAAAUCGAUAAUGCAAACUAGCUGAGAUUGGAGGAUAUUUACUUCUUAACUGUGCACAAUUUUCCGCUGCACGGAUUCAGAAUAACUUCAGCUUCUCAACUCAGUGUCAACUUUGACACUCAAAUCUUAAGUUUUAAUUUACAAAUAUUUUCUUUUAUAAUGAAACUAGACAGUAAUAAGUCCUUUGUAAGUUUGCAUGGCGAUAAAACAUAUAAUAGUUUUGUUUGUGGAAACACCACGUAAAUUAAUUUAUUACUGCAAAGCUUUCGAUCCGUCAGCCCGAAUCUUCAUCAGUGCUAUAAUAAUAUGUGACUUGUUCAAUUCACACGCCCUUUUUUAUUUACGUGGUGUUUCCACAAACAAGACUAUUAAACUAUACAGUAUCUUUAAAUAUUAUCAUGAUACCCCUUGGGUUAAUGUUUUCUCGCACAAAAUUUUCUUUGAUUUUCUCUUCGGUGCCACAGACCGCGGACUCAGAAAAGAUUCCAAUAAUAAAGAUAUUACGUACAUGCUUGUGACUGCAAGUCUGCUAUAAUAACGUUAACUGCAGAUCGAUAUGGCUAAAUAAUGGUAAAUUAUAUCUCCGUCCUCCUAAUACGAAACUUUGUGGGACUAAUGGACAUCGCCCAAAGACAAAUUGACUAAAUUUUGGUUAAAUUUGGAUGAAAAUUUCAUGAGAAAUUAGGAAAAGUUUGUCUUCCUUUGCCGGGUAGAGUAAAGUGAAUCAGCAUAAUUUAUAUUUCAUUGUAUAAUUUAUGCAUGAUAUUUAUAACUUAAUUCGCUGGCUUGGUCCCAGUCUCCAAGUCCCCUAUAGUUCUGUAAUUUAUUUAGUCUCAACUUCUGUUCAAAAUCACUGGGAAGAAAUAAGCCCUAGGAGGCCAAACUCUUCUGGCCGGUUAACUUCUGAAAUAAUCCUAUUGGGGGUUACGUUAUUAUUCCUGGUUAAAUUCCCUGGACAUUUUAAUAUACUUUUUUAGUGUAGUUAGUUUAUCAGGAAUUCCUCAAUUAACCUGGGCCCCUGGUUAUUUAUCACCAGCUAACAUAUUCCGGUUACUUUAACAUACAGGACGUCCUGGUCAAAUAUAACCACAUUCCUAGUUUCCUUAACCAGGAAAUGAGAUAAAAUAACCAGGAAUAUUAAGUUAAAGAGGCUGUCAAGUCCGUUCUGCUCAUGCGCGUGUUUUGUUUACAUUUUUUGUUUCAAGCAAUAGAUAAUUUAAUUAAAAUUCCGAUCUGUGGGCCCACAAGCUGGCUCAUUGCGCAUUCAGAAUAUAUCAAGCAAGGAAAAAUUGAACUACUAAAGCAAACAUUUAGCCCCAAAACAACAAAUUUUAAAUUGAAAGCGCUAAGAAGCACUUCUUACAUACAGGUAUGGACAAAAUGUGUACAAAUUUCAGUCACAUUUUGACAAUACCUGUGUGUAAGAAGUGCUUCUUAGCGUUUUCCAUUUAAAAUUUGUUGUUUUGGGGCUAAAUGUUUGCUUUAGAAGUUCAAUUUUUCCUUGCGUGAUAUAUUCUGAAUGCGUAAUAAGCCCGUAAUGAGAAUUGUGGGUCCACAGAUUAAAUGAUCUAUUGUUAUGUUUGAAACAAAAAUGUAAACAAAACACGCGCAUGAGCAGAACGGACGUGACAGCCUCUUUAACCCAACUAGUGUUAUUUAUAGGUCACAAAAAUAACAUAUCUUAAUUGCUCUUAAUAGGAACCAACUGUUAUCAUCACAACAGCUCAACAACCAAACACAAUAGUGAUGACCACAGCACAAGCACACUCGGUCUACAACCAACAACCACCACCACCGUAUGGUCAACCUGCUGGUCAAGGUCAAAUGGUCAUCGAUAGCAAACCUUGAUUACAUCGUUAAGAACAGUUCUGGAUGUGUCACAGUUUAUAAACAGAAUUUGACAUUUUGCUAUAUAUAUAUAUAUCAUCAUAUAAUAACCAUAGCUAGCUUUUAGGUUAAAUAAUGCAUUUCAAAAGCUAAACGCCUUAACAUACACUUAUGUAUCUACAGUAUAAGUUUAAUUAGUAACUUAAUAAUAUGCAUGGAAACAGGGGCGGAUCUAGGGGUCGUCAAAUCAGUCGCGCGACUGAAGUAAAAAUUGCCUACUUAAAAAAAUUUGACUCCAGCUAUCUAUAGUGGCCAGUAGAUUGAAUUACUAAA